AUGAGGCCAACAUACAUCUCAGUUGAAGUACACGGCACGGUGCCUGGGCUCGGCGGCAGCUCUACAUGGAGGCACCAGCAGCCCAGCCAGGCCGCCGCCGGCACCGGCGCGCCGCAGCGCAAGAAGUCGGCGCCCGCCCUGCAAUGCCCCCUCGGCACGGUGCCUGGGCUCGGCGGCAGCUCUACAUGGAGGCACCAGCAGCCCAGCCAGGCCGCCGCCGGCACCGGCGCGCCGCAGCGCAAGAAGUCGGCGCCCGCCCUGCAAUGCCCCCUCGGCACGGUGCCUGGGCUCGGCGGCAGCUCUACAUGGAGGCACCAGCAGCCCAGCCAGGCCGCCGCCGGCACCGGCGCGCCGCAGCGCAAGAAGUCGGCGCCCGCCCUCGGCACGGUGCCUGGGCUCGGCGGCAGCUCUACAUGGAGGCACCAGCAGCCCAGCCAGGCCGCCGCCGGCACCGGCGCGCCGCAGCGCAAGAAGUCGGCGCCCGCCCUCGGCACGGUGCCUGGGCUCGGCGGCAGCUCUACAUGGAGGCACCAGCAGCCCAGCCAGGCCGCCGCCGGCACCGGCGCGCCGCAGCGCAAGAAGUCGGCGCCCGCCCUCGGCACGGUGCCUGGGCUCGGCGGCAGCUCUACAUGGAGGCACCAGCAGCCCAGCCAGGCCGCCGCCGGCACCGGCGCGCCGCAGCGCAAGAAGUCGGCGCCCGCCCUGCAAUGCCCCCUCGGCACGGUGCCUGGGCUCGGCGGCAGCUCUACAUGGAGGCACCAGCAGCCCAGCCAGGCCGCCGCCGGCACCGGCGCGCCGCAGCGCAAGAAGUCGGCGCCCGCCCUCGGCACGGUGCCUGGGCUCGGCGGCAGCUCUACAUGGAGGCACCAGCAGCCCAGCCAGGCCGCCGCCGGCACCGGCGCGCCGCAGCGCAAGAAGUCGGCGCCCGCCCUCGGCACGGUGCCUGGGCUCGGCGGCAGCUCUACAUGGAGGCACCAGCAGCCCAGCCAGGCCGCCGCCGGCACCGGCGCGCCGCAGCGCAAGAAGUCGGCGCCCGCCCUCGGCACGGUGCCUGGGCUCGGCGGCAGCUCUACAUGGAGGCACCAGCAGCCCAGCCAGGCCGCCGCCGGCACCGGCGCGCCGCAGCGCAAGAAGUCGGCGCCCGCCCUCGGCACGGUGCCUGGGCUCGGCGGCAGCUCUACAUGGAGGCACCAGCAGCCCAGCCAGGCCGCCGCCGGCACCGGCGCGCCGCAGCGCAAGAAGUCGGCGCCCGCCCUCGGCACGGUGCCUGGGCUCGGCGGCAGCUCUACAUGGAGGCACCAGCAGCCCAGCCAGGCCGCCGCCGGCACCGGCGCGCCGCAGCGCAAGAAGUCGGCGCCCGCCCUCGGCACGGUGCCUGGGCUCGGCGGCAGCUCUACAUGGAGGCACCAGCAGCCCAGCCAGGCCGCCGCCGGCACCGGCGCGCCGCAGCGCAAGAAGUCGGCGCCCGCCCUCGGCACGGUGCCUGGGCUCGGCGGCAGCUCUACAUGGAGGCACCAGCAGCCCAGCCAGGCCGCCGCCGGCACCGGCGCGCCGCAGCGCAAGAAGUCGGCGCCCGCCCUCGGCACGGUGCCUGGGCUCGGCGGCAGCUCUACAUGGAGGCACCAGCAGCCCAGCCAGGCCGCCGCCGGCACCGGCGCGCCGCAGCGCAAGAAGUCGGCGCCCGCCCUCGGCACGGUGCCUGGGCUCGGCGGCAGCUCUACAUGGAGGCACCAGCAGCCCAGCCAGGCCGCCGCCGGCACCGGCGCGCCGCAGCGCAAGAAGUCGGCGCCCGCCCUCGGCACGGUGCCUGGGCUCGGCGGCAGCUCUACAUGGAGGCACCAGCAGCCCAGCCAGGCCGCCGCCGGCACCGGCGCGCCGCAGCGCAAGAAGUCGGCGCCCGCCCUCGGCACGGUGCCUGGGCUCGGCGGCAGCUCUACAUGGAGGCACCAGCAGCCCAGCCAGGCCGCCGCCGGCACCGGCGCGCCGCAGCGCAAGAAGUCGGCGCCCGCCCUCGGCACGGUGCCUGGGCUCGGCGGCAGCUCUACAUGGAGGCACCAGCAGCCCAGCCAGGCCGCCGCCGGCACCGGCGCGCCGCAGCGCAAGAAGUCGGCGCCCGCCCUCGGCACGGUGCCUGGGCUCGGCGGCAGCUCUACAUGGAGGCACCAGCAGCCCAGCCAGGCCGCCGCCGGCACCGGCGCGCCGCAGCGCAAGAAGUCGGCGCCCGCCCUCGGCACGGUGCCUGGGCUCGGCGGCAGCUCUACAUGGAGGCACCAGCAGCCCAGCCAGGCCGCCGCCGGCACCGGCGCGCCGCAGCGCAAGAAGUCGGCGCCCGCCCUCGGCACGGUGCCUGGGCUCGGCGGCAGCUCUACAUGGAGGCACCAGCAGCCCAGCCAGGCCGCCGCCGGCACCGGCGCGCCGCAGCGCAAGAAGUCGGCGCCCGCCCUCGGCACGGUGCCUGGGCUCGGCGGCAGCUCUACAUGGAGGCACCAGCAGCCCAGCCAGGCCGCCGCCGGCACCGGCGCGCCGCAGCGCAAGAAGUCGGCGCCCGCCCUCGGCACGGUGCCUGGGCUCGGCGGCAGCUCUACAUGGAGGCACCAGCAGCCCAGCCAGGCCGCCGCCGGCACCGGCGCGCCGCAGCGCAAGAAGUCGGCGCCCGCCCUCGGCACGGUGCCUGGGCUCGGCGGCAGCUCUACAUGGAGGCACCAGCAGCCCAGCCAGGCCGCCGCCGGCACCGGCGCGCCGCAGCGCAAGAAGUCGGCGCCCGCCCUCGGCACGGUGCCUGGGCUCGGCGGCAGCUCUACAUGGAGGCACCAGCAGCCCAGCCAGGCCGCCGCCGGCACCGGCGCGCCGCAGCGCAAGAAGUCGGCGCCCGCCCUCGGCACGGUGCCUGGGCUCGGCGGCAGCUCUACAUGGAGGCACCAGCAGCCCAGCCAGGCCGCCGCCGGCACCGGCGCGCCGCAGCGCAAGAAGUCGGCGCCCGCCCUCGGCACGGUGCCUGGGCUCGGCGGCAGCUCUACAUGGAGGCACCAGCAGCCCAGCCAGGCCGCCGCCGGCACCGGCGCGCCGCAGCGCAAGAAGUCGGCGCCCGCCCUCGGCACGGUGCCUGGGCUCGGCGGCAGCUCUACAUGGAGGCACCAGCAGCCCAGCCAGGCCGCCGCCGGCACCGGCGCGCCGCAGCGCAAGAAGUCGGCGCCCGCCCUCGGCACGGUGCCUGGGCUCGGCGGCAGCUCUACAUGGAGGCACCAGCAGCCCAGCCAGGCCGCCGCCGGCACCGGCGCGCCGCAGCGCAAGAAGUCGGCGCCCGCCCUGCAAUGCCCCCUCGGCACGGUGCCUGGGCUCGGCGGCAGCUCUACAUGGAGGCACCAGCAGCCCAGCCAGGCCGCCGCCGGCACCGGCGCGCCGCAGCGCAAGAAGUCGGCGCCCGCCCUGCAAUGCCCCCUCGGCACGGUGCCUGGGCUCGGCGGCAGCUCUACAUGGAGGCACCAGCAGCCCAGCCAGGCCGCCGCCGGCACCGGCGCGCCGCAGCGCAAGAAGUCGGCGCCCGCCCUCGGCACGGUGCCUGGGCUCGGCGGCAGCUCUACAUGGAGGCACCAGCAGCCCAGCCAGGCCGCCGCCGGCACCGGCGCGCCGCAGCGCAAGAAGUCGGCGCCCGCCCUGCAAUGCCCCCUCGGCACGGUGCCUGGGCUCGGCGGCAGCUCUACAUGGAGGCACCAGCAGCCCAGCCAGGCCGCCGCCGGCACCGGCGCGCCGCAGCGCAAGAAGUCGGCGCCCGCCCUCGGCACGGUGCCUGGGCUCGGCGGCAGCUCUACAUGGAGGCACCAGCAGCCCAGCCAGGCCGCCGCCGGCACCGGCGCGCCGCAGCGCAAGAAGUCGGCGCCCGCCCUCGGCACGGUGCCUGGGCUCGGCGGCAGCUCUACAUGGAGGCACCAGCAGCCCAGCCAGGCCGCCGCCGGCACCGGCGCGCCGCAGCGCAAGAAGUCGGCGCCCGCCCUCGGCACGGUGCCUGGGCUCGGCGGCAGCUCUACAUGGAGGCACCAGCAGCCCAGCCAGGCCGCCGCCGGCACCGGCGCGCCGCAGCGCAAGAAGUCGGCGCCCGCCCUCGGCACGGUGCCUGGGCUCGGCGGCAGCUCUACAUGGAGGCACCAGCAGCCCAGCCAGGCCGCCGCCGGCACCGGCGCGCCGCAGCGCAAGAAGUCGGCGCCCGCCCUCGGCACGGUGCCUGGGCUCGGCGGCAGCUCUACAUGGAGGCACCAGCAGCCCAGCCAGGCCGCCGCCGGCACCGGCGCGCCGCAGCGCAAGAAGUCGGCGCCCGCCCUCGGCACGGUGCCUGGGCUCGGCGGCAGCUCUACAUGGAGGCACCAGCAGCCCAGCCAGGCCGCCGCCGGCACCGGCGCGCCGCAGCGCAAGAAGUCGGCGCCCGCCCUGCAAUGCCCCCUCGGCACGGUGCCUGGGCUCGGCGGCAGCUCUACAUGGAGGCACCAGCAGCCCAGCCAGGCCGCCGCCGGCACCGGCGCGCCGCAGCGCAAGAAGUCGGCGCCCGCCCUGCAAUGCCCCCUCGGCACGGUGCCUGGGCUCGGCGGCAGCUCUACAUGGAGGCACCAGCAGCCCAGCCAGGCCGCCGCCGGCACCGGCGCGCCGCAGCGCAAGAAGUCGGCGCCCGCCCUGCAAUGCCCCCUCGGCACGGUGCCUGGGCUCGGCGGCAGCUCUACAUGGAGGCACCAGCAGCCCAGCCAGGCCGCCGCCGGCACCGGCGCGCCGCAGCGCAAGAAGUCGGCGCCCGCCCUCGGCACGGUGCCUGGGCUCGGCGGCAGCUCUACAUGGAGGCACCAGCAGCCCAGCCAGGCCGCCGCCGGCACCGGCGCGCCGCAGCGCAAGAAGUCGGCGCCCGCCCUGCAAUGCCCCCUCGGCACGGUGCCUGGGCUCGGCGGCAGCUCUACAUGGAGGCACCAGCAGCCCAGCCAGGCCGCCGCCGGCACCGGCGCGCCGCAGCGCAAGAAGUCGGCGCCCGCCCUGCAAUGCCCCCUCGGCACGGUGCCUGGGCUCGGCGGCAGCUCUACAUGGAGGCACCAGCAGCCCAGCCAGGCCGCCGCCGGCACCGGCGCGCCGCAGCGCAAGAAGUCGGCGCCCGCCCUGCAAUGCCCCCUCGGCACGGUGCCUGGGCUCGGCGGCAGCUCUACAUGGAGGCACCAGCAGCCCAGCCAGGCCGCCGCCGGCACCGGCGCGCCGCAGCGCAAGAAGUCGGCGCCCGCCCUGCAAUGCCCCCUCGGCACGGUGCCUGGGCUCGGCGGCAGCUCUACAUGGAGGCACCAGCAGCCCAGCCAGGCCGCCGCCGGCACCGGCGCGCCGCAGCGCAAGAAGUCGGCGCCCGCCCUGCAAUGCCCCCUCGGCACGGUGCCUGGGCUCGGCGGCAGCUCUACAUGGAGGCACCAGCAGCCCAGCCAGGCCGCCGCCGGCACCGGCGCGCCGCAGCGCAAGAAGUCGGCGCCCGCCCUGCAAUGCCCCCUCGGCACGGUGCCUGGGCUCGGCGGCAGCUCUACAUGGAGGCACCAGCAGCCCAGCCAGGCCGCCGCCGGCACCGGCGCGCCGCAGCGCAAGAAGUCGGCGCCCGCCCUGCAAUGCCCCCUCGGCACGGUGCCUGGGCUCGGCGGCAGCUCUACAUGGAGGCACCAGCAGCCCAGCCAGGCCGCCGCCGGCACCGGCGCGCCGCAGCGCAAGAAGUCGGCGCCCGCCCUGCAAUGCCCCCUCGGCACGGUGCCUGGGCUCGGCGGCAGCUCUACAUGGAGGCACCAGCAGCCCAGCCAGGCCGCCGCCGGCACCGGCGCGCCGCAGCGCAAGAAGUCGGCGCCCGCCCUGCAAUGCCCCCUCGGCACGGUGCCUGGGCUCGGCGGCAGCUCUACAUGGAGGCACCAGCAGCCCAGCCAGGCCGCCGCCGGCACCGGCGCGCCGCAGCGCAAGAAGUCGGCGCCCGCCCUGCAAUGCCCCCUCGGCACGGUGCCUGGGCUCGGCGGCAGCUCUACAUGGAGGCACCAGCAGCCCAGCCAGGCCGCCGCCGGCACCGGCGCGCCGCAGCGCAAGAAGUCGGCGCCCGCCCUGCAAUGCCCCCUCGGCACGGUGCCUGGGCUCGGCGGCAGCUCUACAUGGAGGCACCAGCAGCCCAGCCAGGCCGCCGCCGGCACCGGCGCGCCGCAGCGCAAGAAGUCGGCGCCCGCCCUCGGCACGGUGCCUGGGCUCGGCGGCAGCUCUACAUGGAGGCACCAGCAGCCCAGCCAGGCCGCCGCCGGCACCGGCGCGCCGCAGCGCAAGAAGUCGGCGCCCGCCCUGCAAUGCCCCCUCGGCACGGUGCCUGGGCUCGGCGGCAGCUCUACAUGGAGGCACCAGCAGCCCAGCCAGGCCGCCGCCGGCACCGGCGCGCCGCAGCGCAAGAAGUCGGCGCCCGCCCUGCAAUGCCCCCUCGGCACGGUGCCUGGGCUCGGCGGCAGCUCUACAUGGAGGCACCAGCAGCCCAGCCAGGCCGCCGCCGGCACCGGCGCGCCGCAGCGCAAGAAGUCGGCGCCCGCCCUGCAAUGCCCCCUCGGCACGGUGCCUGGGCUCGGCGGCAGCUCUACAUGGAGGCACCAGCAGCCCAGCCAGGCCGCCGCCGGCACCGGCGCGCCGCAGCGCAAGAAGUCGGCGCCCGCCCUGCAAUGCCCCCUGUCGCUGCAUAUUCCACCCGCCUUAUAUCCUCCCCAUCGGCACGGUGCCUGGGCUCGGCGGCAGCUCUACAUGGAGGCACAGCAGCCCAGCCAGGCCGCCGCCGGCACCGGCGCGCCGCAGCGCAAGAAGUCGGCGCCCGCCCUGCAAUGCCCCCUGCCGCUGCAUAUUCCACCCGCCUUAUAA